GCGGCAGCUAGACCCUGCCCGGUGCUGGAGAAUCCAAUUCAGCGGUGGCCCGGGAGAACGCCCAGCUCCCGCCAGGAAAAGCGGGUCCCCAGAGCCCCAGCCCACUGUAGCAGCCAGGAGUUCGGGGCGCAGCGCGGACAGAGGCGCAUGGAGAACGCUACCGCGGCCCCUGAGCGCGCGAAUGCCUCGGGCUUGGGCGCCAUGCCCCGACCUCCGCUGGAGGUGCAGGCGGUGACCCUGGCCCUGGUGCCCCUGGUGUGCGCAGUGGGCGUGGCUGGGAACGGCAUGGUAAUCCUGGUGGUGGUCCGGAGUCGCCACAUGGUCACACCCACCAACUGUUACCUGGUGAGCCUGGCCGCUGCAGACUUGCUGGUGCUCCUGGCGGCUGGAGUGCCCGCUGUGGCUGAGGUGGUGGCCCGCCGGGUUUGGGUCUUCGGCCACGCGGGCUGCCUGGGCAUCACCUACCUGCAGUACGUGGGCAUCAACGCGUCCACCGGCUCCAUCACGGCGUUCACGGUGGAGCGCUACCUCGCCAUCUGCCGUCCCCUGCGCGCCCAGGCGCUGUGCACCGUGGCGCGGGCCAAGCGCAUCGCGGCGCUCGUGUGGCUGGGCACCGGCGCCUACUGCGUGCUCUGGCUCUUCCUGGUGGACACGCGCGAGGCCGCGUACGCCGACGGCGUGCAGGUGCAGUGCGGCUACCGCGUGUCGCGCUCUCUCUACCUGCCCGUCUAUUUCCUGGACUUCAUGCUCUUCUACGCGUUGCCCCUGGGCCUGGCCACCGUGCUCUACGCGCUCAUUGCGCGAGUCCUCUUCGUCGGGCCGCUGCCACCUGGCGACCCGGGCCACGCGGGCUCGGUGCACCAAGGUGGACCCCCGGGCCAAGCACGCUUCAGUUCCAGGGCCCGGAAGGGCGCCCUCAACUCCAGGAAGCAGGUCACCAAGAUGCUGGCAGUGGUGCUGGUCCUCUUUGCCCUGCUGUGGCUGCCCUACCGCACCCUGGUGGUGGUGAACUCCUUCCUGAGCCCGCCCUACCUCAACCUCGGCUUCCUGCUCUUCUGCCGCCUGUGCAUCUACCUCAACAGCGCCAUCAACCCCAUCGUCUACACACUCAUGUCCCAGCGCUUCCGGGAGGCCUUCCACAAGCUCUUCCGGUGCCGGCUGGCCCACGCCAGGGCCCCACCCCAGGAGACCCUCCCCAUGUACUACAGUGCCAUCAAAGACUGUUCCCAGCAGGGCCUGAGCUCUUAGAUGGAACCAGAGCGCCUGCUGUCCAGACAGGAGGGACCCCCAGCUCCUUCUCCUCCUGGGGUAAACAUGGCUGAUAGAGGAAGCAUGUCCAGGGCUGCUGGGUAGAGGUGUUCAGGUUGUGCACUGUGAAAACCUAGGGGUCACCCCCCACAUCCUCGAUGUGGAUCAUAAGUCAAGCAAUGUCCCAGUUUCAUCAAUAUGCAGCCAGGGACACCUUUCCCAGUUUGCGCAAGAGUACCCCGGGUCCUAAUGACUGCCUUUGUGGAGGUCCAGGAGGGUGGGCGGGCUUGCCAGGGGUCUUCUGAGAACCCAUCAAUGGAGUAGGGGUGUCCUCGCUCUUUCUGUGUGUCCUGAGGGCCUUUCUCAUCCAGAUAAACACCCAGCCUGCCUCCCUCCCCCUCCUUCUGUGGUGGUGGCAUCUGCUGCCUCUGGGGAGCCUCCGGCUCAGGGUCCAGUGGGGACAGUAGAAGCUUCCCAGGGGACACUCAAAGGUGCAAAGGAAUCAGAGCUCGGUGCCCAUCCCCCUGCCCUGCACACACGGAAGCCAGAAACCUGGCUGGAUUGUGUGCCCGUCCUUCCCAAACAUGUUAAACUCAGGUGCAGGGGGACCUGUUGGACUGCGAUGACAGGCUGCGGGCAUGAGUGGGACGGGCUAGGCUUGAGUGCAGGAGCCAUUGGCAUCCAAAUGCCAGGCAGUGAACAGGACAAAAGUUGACUUCUUGCUCCAAUUAGUUGUCUUUGGGGGGCAGCCCUGAUCCGUGUUGGGACCCAGACGUCUAGAGCAUGUCAUUCUUGUGGUACCUGAUUCCCCAAAUGCGGUCUCAUGGUCCCUGCAGCUGAGGCCGAGAAUCUAAAAGGAUCCCAAACCGGCCAGGGAAGACAAGUCACCCAGUACGUGGUCCAGGCCACUCCCUCUCGCAACCCACUGGUCAACACCAGGGGGCAGCUGUCGAACUGUCAGGGGUCUGGGAAGUGUGGUUUUCCCAGGCUCCCCAGGGGAGGAGAAUUGGGAGUAGGUGAGCACUAGAAUUCUCUACCACCCAGGGGGUUGAGAAUGGAAAUCAACAUUCUCUUCAGCAGCAUGGCUCCUUCCAGCCUGUGGGGCGGCAGGCCCCGCCCUCUAAGCCCACUCCUAGGACUCUCAGACCUGGCUGUAUUUCUGGAGAAAUGAGGCCCAUGCCCCCUCAUUGGGGCAACGUCUAGACGCCUCAGAAACUACCUGCAUUUCAAAGGGGGCAACUAUAUGCACUGGGUGUGGGGAGUGGGAAGGAGAGGCAUGAAGAGCAGUCCGCACACAGGAGGCAGACAGCUGGAGACCAGGACCAAGCUGCCCUGUGGGAGGCCUCCUCUGACCACCUUGUCCCUCAGUGAGCGUUACGACUUCGCUCCCAAGCACGUGGCUUCGAUGCUUGUGUGUCUGUGUGUCUGUGUGCCUGCAUGUGCGCACCCCCCUCUCCCCUGCAGGACUGGGGUCUCCUGAGAGCAGGGACCCUGGUGCCAUCAUCCCUGCGGCACCAGUGUCAAAGGGCCUCAAUAGGCGAGGGCAAUGAGCUUGUCUUCCGGGACCGCGGCAAAGAGGCCUCACGCUGGAUGGAGAUCUACCGCCAGUGCAGGGCAGACAGAACGGCUCCGGACACCAGCAGGCUAAACGGACGGACAGCAGGGCUUCGCUCCGUUCUUCUCUGCCACUCCGACCUCAAGCCCACCAGGACCAGUCUCACCCCUCUUCAUGCAGAUCACGCCCAUGCCCUCCACCCCAACUCGGCGGCCCCUUCCUCCUCCACCCCUCCAUGCCACCAGCCACCCUUCCAUCUCGGGGCUGGUCUCUUGCCUGAACCAUCGCCUCAGCCUCUCCCUCUCUUCCCCAUCUCUCCAUGAACUGCAGCCUCUGAGGAGAUGGCAGGGUCGUCUUGGGGUGAAAGAGCUUUGGGUUCAAGCAGAUCCCGACUCCACUUUGUAACAGCCACCGUGGCCACAUUAGGUAUCAGAGCAGUGGUUCUCAACCUGUGGGUCCCGACCCCUUUUGGGGUUGAAUGACCCUUGAAAGAG